GGCCGAGCGCCCAGCGGCGGCGGCGGCGGCCGGGUCAUGUAGAGGAGCAGAUCUGAUGUGAAGAUGGGACUGCUGGUGUUCAUGCGUAACCUGCUGCUAGCCCUCUGUCUCUUUCUGGUAUUGGGAUUUCUGUACUAUUCUGCUUGGAAGUUGCACCUUCUCAGAUGGGAGGACUCAAAUUCAGUGGUUCUUUCCUUUGACUCCGUUGGACAUACAAUAGGCUCAGGAAGGAGAGAGAGAAAAACUGUGGCUCUUGUGGUUCCGCUGUCCGUCCCAUCUCAUCUUGCUGCAGACCCAGGAAAAGACAGAGCCCAGAAAGAACUCAAAGAAACAAUGGCAGCUCCAGUCCCAGCCAUUCCUAAAUAUGACAAACUGGGCUUUCUCCUGAACCUGGACUCAAAAUUGCCUCCAGAACUGGCAUCAAAGUAUGCAAAUUUCUCUGAGGGAGUGUGCAAGCCUGGUUAUGCAUCGGCGCUCAUGACUGUCAUCUUCCCAAAGUUCUCGAAGCCGGCACCAAUGUUCUUGGAUGAUUCCUUCAGGAAAUGGGCACGUAUCAGGGACUUUGUACCUCCCUUUGGAAUUAAAGGACAAGAUAAUCUGAUCAAAGCCAUCCUGUCAGCAACCAAAGAUUACCGCCUAACUCCAGCUCUUGACAGUCUCAGCUGUCGACGAUGUAUUAUUGUGGGAAAUGGUGGAGUUCUUGCAAAUAAGUCGUUGGGGUUAAAAAUUGAUGACUAUGAUGUUGUUGUCAGGCUGAACUCGGCUCCAGUAAAGGGCUUUGAAAAAGAUGUGGGUGGCAAGACAACUCUCCGGAUCACAUAUCCUGAAGGUGCAAUCCAGAAAAUGGAGCAGUAUGAGAAGGAUUCGCUAUUUGUUCUGGCGGGAUUCAAAUGGCAGGAUUUCAAGUGGCUGAAAUACAUUGUUUACAAAGAGAAAGUGAGUGCCUCUGAUGGCUUUUGGAAGUCAGUUGCAACCCGUGUCCCAAGGGAACCUCAUGAGAUACGUAUCCUGAAUCCCUAUUUCAUCCAAGAGGCAGCUUUCAGCUUCAUUGGACUGCCUUUCAACAACGGCCUGAUGGGCAGAGGGAACAUCCCCACCUUGGGAAGUGUAGCAAUAACCAUGGCACUCCACAACUGUGAUGAGGUGGCAGUAGCUGGGUUUGGCUAUGACAUGAAUUCACCAAAUGCACCACUGCACUACUAUGAGAACAUCAAGAUGUCAGCAAUCAAAGAGUCCUGGACACACAACAUCCAGCGGGAGAAGGAGUUCUUGCGGAAGCUGGUGAAAGCCCGAGUCAUCACUGACCUAACCAGUGGGAUUUGAGUGGCUGCAGCCACUGCCUCAAAGGGAGGGGAGGAAGACACAUGCUGCAGCUCUGGGAACAAGCAUUGGCAGCACUCUGCAAGAAUCCCACCUCACUGGAGACACGCAGAGAUGCCCAGGUGCUCUAGGACGGCCUUCUCACGUUGCCAGGCUGCAAAGGUUGCAUCUGCUGCCUCCAGUCCUAGAGCUGGCAGGAGGUGGUCAUGGAACUGAAUGGGCAGUUCCUGAACUCUGCAUUGCAGACGACUCUUCUGUGUCUAGAAUUAAAGAGGAAAGACUCAGGAGAGAGAAGAGAGAUUUAUGAACAAAGCAAUUCGUGCCAAAUGGGAGGUUGUGCUGCCCUGAAGCAGCAAUGCCUGAAUGUACAAAGUAUUAUUUUUUAAAAGAAACUCUGCUGGAAUCGUACUAGAAAUACCAAGGUGCAAAGCAAAGUCUGCUUGUGCACAGCCCUGAGAAAAGCUCGGCCUUUCCACGCUCCAUCUGCAUUGUCACUGGCCUCAGGCCUUUCCCCAGGAAAACAAAUCCGUCCAAAACUUCAGUGUUGUUGGUGCUGCUAUAAUUUAAAGGGAGAAUGGCUUUCCCUCAUUCUCUACUUGGAGUUUCUGGUUGGAGAUGAGCAUGGGUUUGUUUUUCUGUACUUUUCCUUGCUUCCUGCAUAGAGGAAGCAGCAGCAACCACUUAUUUGGCUGCAUUUUCCAUAGCUGUUGCUCUGCCCUGACCCCAACAUGGAGCAGGGAGCCAAUGGCUUUCUCUGCCUUCAGCAGACCCUCACUGCAUUCCUGCCUGUCACAGCGUUGAGGAGCCUGCCUUGUUGUGCUCAAGGUUUUCAGGCCUCUUGGUUUGUGCAGGACCCUUGUGGAGUCCAUGCAGACUGGUGUCACCAUUUCUGGACAGCAUCUCACUUCAUUUUUGUGUGGGAGAGGAGUAAUUUAUUUUUUGGAAGGAGGUCAGAUCUUGCGUGGAGAUCUGAAGCUUUACAGUGUUUAAGAGCAGGCAGCCGAAGAUAUGUUUGUUUCAUGUUCCUGACUCAAUCGUGUUCCCUAUUUAAGUGACUUGUAACCUCAGUGAUGAUGGAGCCUGCUGGCAGGGGUGAGGGGGCCUGCUGGGAACUCUUGCCAUCUGCUUGGCCUCUGCUCACUUCAUUUCUGAGCUCCUCCCGUGCUACUCUAGCACUGCUGCUCCUCCUGUUUUCAGGAGCAUAUCGCUUCCUUUGCCGUCUUGGUCCUGAGAUGCAGUAUUUGCACAUUUGAUUUGUAUACGUACUUCAAAGGAGCUGGAAUAAACUGAGCAGUGUGGACAAGUGUGAGGCUGGUGGGGUGGUCUUAUCUGUCUGGAGACUGUGGGCAGAAUGGAGCCUGCUGGGGGAAUGGGUACAGGUCCAAAUGCGCUCACACUCUCGUCUAGCCUGAAAGGGGCCAGACUGUACCUGCAAAGGGGCAGCGUGGACUCCACGCCUCAAGCCAAGUCCCUGUGUGUCAAGGCACCUGUGUGCAGCCAGCCCUUGGGGAGAUCAGUGGAAGCGGUCUCCAGGAGGGGUGUUAGCAGGACUCAUGGUCGUGGCGCUGUAUCUGAUGUUGUCCAGAGGACUGCAGUCUGCCUUGCUCUCAGCUGGAGGGGGAAUGUAGCCCUCACAUGGAUGAAUAGGGAAAGGAUGCUCAGAGCAGGGCUUGCAUGGGCUCCCCCAGGCCACCUCUGCCCCUGUUGCCUUGCAGUGGGUGACGGUUUCUGGGCUGAGACCCCGCAGGGGAUGCAUAGGAUGGGACAAGCGAUGAAGCAGGCAUGGGGCAGAAGAGCAAACCAUACAAACUGGUUUGAGACCAGCUCCAGAAGAGGCAAGUCUGUCUCAACAUGGUGCUGGCCACAUCCUCAGCUGGGACAUGCCCCUCAGGAGCCUCUCUUUUGUGGGGUACCCAGUAUGCCCAUAGUCAAGGAGCCUGCUCGGAGGUGAGUCCUAUCCAGCUUCUGGUCAGGGCUGCUCCCUAUCUAGUAGUCUGGACAUAGCUCAAAGAUCCUGCCUCUUCCAGGCCCCAGAGGGCAAAGAGAGGCUGAGAGGCUCGCUAUUGCCCUUGUCCUUGCCUCCUCAUCCCAGCCCUGCCCCAGUGGCUCUGCCUGUCUGUCCAAGCCAGGCAAUCCCUGCUCCCCCCAGGGACUUCUCUGCUCUGGCAGUUCCUGCUCCUGGGAUUCUCCCUGGGCUUUCCUGCAUGCUGGGCCAGUGCCGUGACUGGCACUUGUUUGAGUAUUCCUUCCCCCUCCCCCCUCCCUUUUUUUAUUCCGGUUGGAGGAACUGGGUUUCCAGGGCUCUCACCAAGUGACAUUCCCUCUGUGGUCCCUACAUGCUGAAGCCCUCCCAAGGUGACAGUGGGGGGUCUGGGCUGGAGGUUGUUACUGAGGACCGGGUGGGCACUGUCCUCCAUCUUGGAGCUUGAAUUGGGUUUCUAACCAGCUACUGCAGGAGCCCUGGGGCAGUGAUGGGCAGUGUCCACAUGACUGUCGAGCUGAGAUGUCAGAGAACAGGACAGCCACAGCGGGGAGGAGGAAGAGGGUUAGGAAGAGCCUUCAGUAUCAGUGCUGGGCCCUUCUCUACCCCUCAGAGGAGCAGAGACAUGAGGCCGUUCAGGAGGGGAAUCGUUUGUGAUUCCCCUCGUGCUCGCUGUUGCAGACAGUGCAGCACACAGUGACAAACCAUCUCCUGGACACCUGGACAGCUGUGACCAUCCUUCUGUGCUGUGGACUGAAGACCUGGACUAGACCUUUUGCUAGAAGGAUCCUGUGGUCCUAGGAUUAGCUGCAGGGAGUGCACCCACCCACUGAGACUUACAGUGGCAUUGCAUUUAAUUUUGUCCCUUUUAUCCAACACUACAACAUUGUGGAGCACCUUUAUCCUCUGUCUCACUGGCUCCAAGCCCUUGGAGGGAACAUCUCCCCUACUCUGCCUUCCUGGUGGGAAACCCUCCCUGCAGACCAUGGAGGUGACUCCAGUGGCGAUCUCUAGGCAGAGGUGCCCAGGCUAAUUAGAUAAGUUCAUGGCCUAGAGUGACUGCGGUGGGUCAAGACCCCAUCUUGCAGGCAGAAGGCGAGAGAAUGGGGAGUGCUGGAGACUCCCUGCCGCUGCUGUCUCCCUGUGCCGAGGAGCUCUCGGCAGGGCCCACAGUGGGGUCGGACAGGGCAAGCCCGCGGCCAGGCCCCGGGGACGCUGCUGGUGCGUGCCCCAGCCCCGCUGGCUCUCCCUCCUGGAGGCCCUUUCUUUGGUUCAUUGCCCACAUGCACCUGCAGCCACCUCCCGCCCUCGGAAAGGCUGCAGCCCUGCCAGCCCGAGCGGUGCGUGCGGGUCAGGGCAGGGUCAGUGGGACGGAUGCGAGUCUUGGCCUCUCCCUGCCGUGACUCACCUUCUCGUCUUGGAAGGGAGAGCCCAGGGGAAUUCUCCGCGACCUAAAUAUAGAGCAGGGUUGCCUGACGCCUCUGACGCGCUGCUGUGCAGAAGGGCCGUUCUGGUGGCAGGGAACCUGCCUGGAGAGAGGCUGGGGAGGUCAGGGGUGCGAACAGUCCUGCGAUGUGGGAGAGCCCAGUGCGGGAUGCUGCCACAGGGUCUUGCUCCUGCCUGGGCAGAGAGCAGGUUUGAGGGUGCUACUGGCCUGCAGGGACACUGGCACGCACCAGCUUGGGGGAGAAGGGCUGCCGGGGAGCUGCCACCGUGCUAACUGCAGCAUGAGCAGGUGCCACCAGGCUGCUCAAGCACGUGGGGCGUGCAGCCCUCCCUGGUGCCACUGUCCCAGCAUUGAGAUCCCCCACCAGCUCACCCCAGGGCAGGUCUCCAGCUCACACAUGCCAAAUGGAGGCAGCAGGGCAGGAUCCGCUGCUGCCCAGCAUCCCUCAGCCCAGCACUCCUCGCUCCAGCGUCCUUCCACCAAGUAUCCCUUGGUCUGGCAUCUCCAGACUUCCAGGGAUUCCCUUGUCCUGGGGGAGAGCAGCAGGGAGGGCAGGAGGCCCUGCCCCAUUGGGCUGCUGGGGCACUGGUGGGAAGGUGCCAAGCCAGGGCUAUCUGUCCAUCUGUGUGUAUCUACCUGGUGGUGUUGGGGAGCUCUUCUGCAGCCAGUGGGCAGCCCAGGUACAGGCAGCACCUGGGACAGGCAAGGGCUUCCGGGCUGCCUGGCACGUGGCACCCGCUGGCUCCCUUGCCACCAGCGCGGCGCGUGCAGUCAGUUGGAGCAUGUGUCACGCGAGCAACAAAGUAUUACCGACACUUCCUUUGGUGUGGGCGACGCAGGCGCCUGCCCAGCUCCCCUGGGCACCAGCUCCCCGCACAGCCUGCGGUCCUGCAGAGGCUCGCUCCAAAGGCCGGAGAGCUCGCCGGUACUGUGUGAAGCUGAGAAGCAAGAACUCAAUGAGUUUUUUAAAAAAUUAGUUUUAGUUUCUGCAUUUUUUUUUAUUUUCCCCUCUAGGCAGGGAGGGCAGGAGUCUUGUGGCUCCUCCAGGCCAGCUUAUGUCACAUCAAUUCAGUCAUAUCACAGAAGCAAUAAAGCUAUCAAACAAG